CUACAAUGUUUUGAACUUGGAUUCCAGUAGAUUUAAUUUCUUUUUCAGUCAUCUGGACAAGUCCUAAGUGAAUAAUUUAUUGCAAGGAGGUUCAUAUGGUUAUUAAAGAUAAUUCGAUGUGUUUUGAAGAGUUUUAUAAUUUCCACUGUUAUAAAAUAUCUUAAUUUUUCAUCUAUUCAUAAUAUAACUAUACAUUUAAUAUUUAAAAUAUUUUAGUAAUAAGAUUGAUUAUAUACUCUACGUACAGACAGAUUUUGUUUUUACUUUCAAAUAUCAGUAUCAUGAAACCUACAGGGGAAACGAAAGUUUCUGGCGCCAAAAUUACUACUUCAGAGGCUAAGGUCAGAAUGUCUUUGCACGUUUUGCAGCCAGCAGCUACUGACAAAGAAAAUCUGGUGGGUGCUGGAAGAAUGUUCAAAGCAGAUUUACCCUUAAAAAAUGCACUAAAAAAGGAUAUUAAAAACACAUCGGAGAAACCAAAAAAAGGUUGCACAACGCGUAAAAAAAUUGUUUACAAACAUAAAGCAGUUCAAACAGACAGAGGAGAAAAAAUUAAAAUUGAAGUAGAAGAUUUGACCUCUGAAGCUGGUCCAAGUGAGAAUUAUUGGGAAGUAUUAGCAGAAAGACGACGAAUAGCUCUUGAUGAUGCAUUAGAAGAAAACAAAGAACUACAUGAACGUGUAUCAAAAUUGCAAGAAGAAAAUCGUUUAUGUAAAGAAAUGUUGGAUGAAACACGGGCUUUAGUUGAAGUAUUACAAGAAAUGAUUGAGGAUGAUAGAAAUGACAUACACAAUUCUUUGGAAGAUAGUGCUCUUUAAUUUUAUAUUAGAUUUUUAAGAGCAAUAAAAAUAUCAGUUUUAUACAUUGUCUCCAUAUUGGAAGAAAGCUUAAACAGAGAUUUAAGACUAAAUAAAUUUAUAUAUACUUUAUAUUUAGAGUUUAAUAGUUUUAACAGCUAUAAUAAUUUUCAUUAUCUUCUAAAUAAUUUAAAGAAGCACAACUUACGCCAUUCUUACCUACAUCGUUUAUAUUGCCCAACUGUAUUAAUUUUUCAUCUGUCUGUAUAUAUUAUAUUUAUAACAAAAAACCUUGACAAUUUUAUAUUGUGAAAUAAAAUAAAUAUAUAACUUUUUCAUUGAGUCGCACGUGAUUAUAUAUUUAAUAAUUUUCUUAGUUACACAAAAAUGAUGAAACGUUUGUAACGACUCAUAUGAAACUUUAAGAGAUAGUCUCUAUAAAUUUAUUUAGUAAGAAUUAUAUUUUUUUAAUUAAAAAAAAAAAAAAAAAAAAAAAAAUUAUAAUUAUUUAAAAACGUUUUUCUAUUGAUAAUAGUCAAUAGUAGAAGAGUAUGUAACAACGUGUCUUUAUACUUUAGCACGAUGGUUACAUUUUUAUGUAAAAUAAUUCAUAGAUCUACGUGAAAAUUUGUGAAACAUUACAAUGAAAAAGUUCAUUGGAAAAGUAGGAAAUUAAAAAAACAAAAUAAAUUACUAAUUUUUCUUGUAUCGAUA